CUAGACAUGGCUUACGACCCGACAGAAGACAUUACCCUACCCAAUGACACAGGCAACAACUCUUCCCCGUGCACCAAUGACUAUUGUGUUUCAGAUGAGGACUAUCUGGCAAUGAUCGAGGACUACAUAUUCCCCACCCCUUAUGAGUGGAUACUUAUAACAAUGCACUUGACGGUCUUCUUGGUGGGCCUGGUUGGAAAUGCGUUGGUUUGUGUCUCUGUAUAUCGCAACCAUAGUAUGAGAACCGUCACCAAUUAUUUCAUCGUUAACCUGGCUUUUGCUGAUUUCUUGGUCAUCCUUGUAUGCUUACCACCGACGGUGCUUUGGGAUGUGACAGAAACGUGGUUUUUUGGUAGCGUAACCUGUAAGCUUGUUCUAUAUUUACAAAGUGUCUCCGUCAGCGUAUCUGUCUUGACUCUCACGUUCAUAUCUGUCGACCGUUGGUACGCCAUCUGCCAUCCUCUCAGCUUCAAGAGUACCGCAGCCAGAGCGAAAACAUCCAUCCUCAUCAUCUGGUUACUGUCCACCAUCGUCGUUCUACCGGAGGUGGUUGUACUGGACACCAAGAAGCACACUUUACCACUGGAAACAGCCUACUUGACAGACUGUACGUACACCUGGAGCGAGAACAGCACUCGGAUAUACCAACUGUUCCUCGUCCUCUUCCUGUAUGUGUUUCCUUUCCUGCUGAUGGCUGUUGCUUACUAUCAGAUUGCGCGUGUUUUGUGGAAUAAGAACAUACCAGGAUCUUCAGAAACAAAUCACCACCCAGCUCGAACAGGUUAA